AAUGCGUUGUCUAGCAAAACUACCGCGUUUUGUUUCUCUUUCUUUCAACACCCCCGUUUUUUUUCUUUUUGACGUUACCUUAUUUGACCUAGCGCGCCUUCAUCACAUCUACAUGCAGCUGUCGAGCCGCCGACGCUCUUUUCUUCAAGGGCAAGCGGCGAGACAACACAACAACCACAGACAUAGUACCCUUCACGGGCGUUCACCAGGCUUUCAGGGCAGGUGGAAACACUUAUCACUUGUUUGCUUCAGAACACCACUCAUGCUUUUGUCGGGCCUCCCUCUCGUGGUAGAACUGUACGCUGCUGACAGGAAGAAGAAGAGAAACCAAAAAGGCGUAGUUAUGGGACUUUUUGCUGGAUAA